AUAUCGUGUAGGACCACGUUUUCUGACUGUAAAACCCACAGCGCCCUCUGACGGAUUUAACUGGAACGAAGCCAUCAGUAGAAACAUGGCGACAGACUCGACAGAGCAGGUCGCAGGAAAAGUUCCUUGUGCCUCCGACGAUGAGGAUAAGAAACUGACAAGUAUUGGUCUGUGUAAAGAACAUAUAAAGACUGAACAACCUUCAGGUGAAAUAUCAAACAGUGAGAUAAGUGAAUCCAGUGACAGCAAUAAUGGAGCGACCAGUGAGAGUAGUGUGGGUAACAAUAGCACGAGUAGUGACACAAGUCUCUCCCCAGUCAGGCGCGUGUUCAAAACAGUGACUGGCAGCAGUGGUAGGACUUACAAAUUCAAACGUACACUAGAUGAUUCAGGGAUAGAUGUCGAACUGCCAUCAUCUCUGCUAGCAAAGCAACCUAGGGUGCAUCUCGGUGAACGUAUCGCAAUAUCUGGUGACGGCCACAUGUACAGUGUUCAAAGUCCAGGCAAACAUUCAUCAAAAAAUAAGAAGAUGAAAGAAAAAAAGAAGAAAAGCAAAUCAAGUAAAAACAUAACAGAGACAUAUUUGCCCAGUCGACGAGUUAAGCGUGAAGCUAGUUUGAAUGCUGCUGCACGUGUUAAUAUAAUGUAUGAAAAGGAUGUGUCGCCACCAAAAGUCGGCAGAAAACCUAGUUCGUCAUCUACUGCAAGUGCUGUUACUAAAAAAUCAAAUGUGACACCAAAGAAAAGUUUAUCAAAGAAGGUUAAUAAAGACAGUGACAAAAACAUCAAGAAGACAAAGGGAAAAGUUGAAUCGGGAAAAUCAAAAGACAGAACAAAAUCAGCCGUAAAAAGAUUAAAGGUAGACAAAGAAAUGAAAGGUAGGAAAGUGACACCAAAUAAAAACGGAACAUCACCCAAAAACACAAAAACUAAAUCUAUUGUAUCUAAAUACAAACGACUUAGUGGAAAUAAGGCUAACAAAAGUAGUGAUAGGACACUUAACAAGACAAAGAAACUAGAUAAUAAACAAACAAAGAAGAGGAAAUUUUCUGAUAAAGAUCAGAUAAAGUCAAAAACAAAAAAAGUGAAAACGGACACUCAAAGGGCAGCGAGAACGGAUUUGUCUACAGCCCCCAAAAAGCAAUACCCUGGUGUUCAGUGUAUGGGCUGUUACCAACAUGCAAUGUGUUCAUCUAAAGGGAAGUUAUAUUGGGGAAAUUCUGACUUUGGUGAGGGUAAGGAAGGAGAAAUCAUAUCGGAGGAGACAGGUUGUCACCUCGACUCCAGUCCACCCUCCUACACCAGCGUGCCGCCCCAUGUACAGAUUGUGGAGGGAUCACCGUAUGUGAACACGGUGGUGCCACACCAAACUUUGCCAGCUUGUCCGCGCUGUGCACAGAGGAGCGGCCUGAUCACAACCCCACCCUGCCAGUCCUAUACACUGGGAGGUCUCGGCAGCAUCAGUUCUGUACAAGUGGUGUCAUAUCCACAGCAUUUUGGCAGCUCUUUCCCAAUAACCUACCCUACCAGCCACUCAGCUCUACCUCACUGUGGUUGCGGAGCAUGUUACAGUGCCUCUGGUAUCUACUAUCCCUCGACAACUACACCCAUGCCCCACCAACCCCUUCCCCAUGACACCUGUCAUGGAGCUCCCACCUCCAUACACGUCGCAGAGUCUGAGGAAUCUAAGAGUGAUGUGGACAUUGAUGUUGGUGAGCCAGACGACAUCAAACCUAUCAUGUCCUCUGUGACCCUCAAGGAAACGAGCAAUGAAAAAUCGCAGAGGAAAACGUCAGUGAGUAGUAUGAAGGGUGGCUCACAGAAAAAAUCAGCAGAUAAAAAGGUCACCCUUCAAGAAUCCAAAGCAAAAAAGGCAGCGGAAAAAGUGUUUGAGAAGCAAAAAAGUAAGGAAAUGAAGAAGAAACCAAAAUAUAAUAAGAGCAUAUCUCGCCAUGGAUGGGAGUUCGAUGGAGAGCCAGAGAGAAAGAAAGUCAUGUCUUUGUGGCUUGGAAUGUCUGUGGAGACUAACUGUUACCAGGCUAUCCGCCAUGUUGAUGGUGACCUUAUCAGAGUGAGAGAAUGUGUCCUGUUGUGCUCCGGACCUAAAAAGACAGACAUUCCAUAUGUAGCCAAGGUGACCAACUUCUGGGAACAUCCACACGAUGGUGAGAUGAUGAUGAGCCUCCUGUGGUACUACCAGCCAGAACACACAGAGUCGGGACGGAAAUCUCACCAUGCUGACUGUGAAGUGUUUGCCUCCAAACACAAGGAUGAGAACAGUGUGGCAUGUAUAGACGACAAGGGCUACGUACUGACAUUCGCAGAGUACUGCCGGUACCGAGCAGAAGUACAGAGACAAGAAAGUGGAAUCCCCCCUCAGCCUAAGGUUGUGCCUAGUCCAGAGGAUGAUUACAUCCGCUGUGGAAAGCUGCCCCCACAGGGAUGUGACCCCAACAAUGUCUACCUGUGUCGACAGGUGUACGACUUCAAACUCAAAAGAAUACUCAAGAAUCCAUCCUGACAAUUAAACAAACCCUACAGAAUGAUGUACAACCUCAGGGAAUCUUCUCAUCAAUAUUCGUCAUCUGUCAACAUUCAUAUCCCAGAUAUCUAACUACAGAAAACUUUAACUCUCAGUUUCAGUCAUUCUCAGAAGUAUCCUUAUACAUGUGGUCUUAGCCUAGUUGGGUUUAAACAGUUGUAUUAACAAUGACUUUUGUCAGGUUUAUUUGACUAGUUGUAUAUUAGCCAAUUGUUAAAUGGUAUUCCAUACUGGUCAUGAUUAAAUGAAGCUAGUUUAAAUUCAGUUUUCACAUUUAUUCCUGGAACAGAUCCGUGCCAUAUUCAGUCUGAUAAACUCACAUAUUCCUAUGGGUAUCAAAUCUCCCAUUUUAUCUGUUCAGAAUGUUAUAUAUUUAGUCCAUUAGUAAUGUAAAAAAAAAUCCCACUUUAGCACUGAAUUAUCAGCUAUCUCUGCUGUGAUUGCCAAUGUUAAUAGUAACAUUAAGGAUUGAAGUGACAUUAUUUUCUGAUGUGUAGUUGAUAAUUCAUUGCCUACAAAAACAAGAAAUCUUAUUUGAUUUUUUUCAGCUUCACUUUCCUUCCCUUUCAGCCUAUAAUGUCAAGUGUAUUGCUUUCAUUUAACCGAGUUGCUUGCUUUUGUAGCAUUAUUUCAUUACAAUAUUUUACUUUUUAUAUCGUCUAAAUUACGCCCAAUAGAAUCUCUAUUUUGUAUUAUUUUAACCUUAAUUCUGUUUUUUACUUAAAAUUGAAAGGUUCCUUACUUUUGACUGUAUAAUGUAACUGGGUUCAUACUCUCUGUAACCAUUCCCAUGCUCAAACUCAAGACUGUGUGUACUAAAGCUCACAUCUGUGUUGGAGAAUCCUUAAUAAAAAUGUUUGAGAAUCCUACAUAGAAAGGAAAUACAUUUUUUUUAAAAAAAAUUUUUUUUUUUUUUGGUAUUUAGCACAGACUUAUAAUUUUCCAUUUGUAAUGUUGCUUUUAAACUUUGCAGAAUCGGUAUUAGUUACAACAAAUCAGUUUCUGCACUUACAGUAACUAAAGUUGAGCAGGAGACGGUUUUGUGAAUGCCUUACUCUUGACUGGUAUCCAUUCUGCCCAUUUUUAUCUUGCUGUCAUCCACUGUUCUUGUCUGUCCCCUAAUAGAUCAGACACUCUCCAGUGUUUCCACUUAGUAUACACUCCCUAGUCCUAAUUGGUGGUUAUAGUUUGGACUUUGGAAAGAUGAGAUUUGAACUACUACAAAGUUGUACAGAGAAGACUGGACAUUGUACAUCAUUUGGUAGGGUUUGGAUUUGCCAGAGCGGAAUGCUUGUAAUAUUAUAUGUGUGUUAAAUACACUAUUGAGUGCAAUAACUGUGAGAUGCCUUUUACAUAUUUUAUUAUUAACAAUAUAUUGUUGUUUUAAUGAGGGAGAUUUUGUGGUUUUUAGUAAAAAAAAACAAGAUUAUGAGUAAUGAAAUGUGAACCGAUAUGGUCGAUGAAUUAAUAUACACUUGGAUUUGUAAAUAUGAUGUCUUAAUGAUGAGACUUAACAUUGUACUUAACAUGACACCCAGCUGUAGCCAGUGUGUAGUGUAUGUCACAGGUUAUACACACAAAAUCAGAGAGAGAGAGAGAGAGAGAGAGAGAGAGAGAGGAGUAUCAAAGUGUUCAGAUGUAACACAGUAAAUAGAAAGUUUUGGCAUGCUUGUCCGUUAUAAACUAUUUUGUUUAAUGAGUUGAUGUAUGUGUGAUCACAGUCUGAGGUGUACAAUUCACCCCCUCCUGUAAAGAUACCUAUUUGUGAAUAUUAUGUACUAGAGAAGAGUCUUUGCCUUACACAUUGAGAUGAUUUUAUUUUUGUGAUGCACCUGUUUCAAAAUAUUUUAUGAGAGUACCAAUAUUGUGUGAUAGAUAAGUGUCUCCUGCAUGUUGAAUUAUUAUAAAAUUAUUGACCAAUCACGUUGUGUCUAUUAUAGAGCUGACCAAUCACGUGGUGUCUAUUAUAGAGCGGACCGAUCAUGUUGUGUCUGUUAUAUAAAUGACCAAUCAAUCAUGUUUUACAUGGGGGGAGGGAGGGCGGAGUGUUAUAUGCUCUAAAACAUGUAUAGUUUGGUUAUUUGAUGGCUUAUGCUUUAAAACAUUUAUGGUUUGGGUACAAGCAAAAACAAAAGAGGUCUUUGUUUGGGUACAACCAAAAACAAAAGAGGUCUUUUUAAUAGUAACAUACUUCCUUAGGUAGAUUUAAGUCCUGGGUAGUGUUAUUGACUGUAUGUAUGUUGGUGCAGGAUCGAGAGAUACAAAUGUAUGGUGUGUAUACAUGUACAGGAUAUGUCUUACCUAGUAUGGUUAGAUGUUGUUAUAUUACCGUGGAAAUCCUUGUUCUGUUGGUAGUCAUUGUUUUAAGUAUACAGAUUAUGGCUCCUGCAUGCAGUUGUGUAUCGUUAGACAGCCAAUACCUAGUCCCUUGUUGUGAUUGUGAAUAUUUUUGUCUUAUUAAGUUUUAGAUAUUUCCAUUCCGUUCUUUUAAGAAAAGUAUAGAGGUUAUAUUUACUGUGAGGUGUUAUGUCCUUUUUCCAGUGCUUGUAUCCUACAUGUACCGAGGUCCAAGCAUUUCCCAUUGUAGUAUUUUUAAUUAGCUUUACAGUAAAGAAGGCAAUAAAAGCAAGUUGUUUUCCUUACCCAGAAGUAAAAAAAAAACUUUGUGAUAUUUAAAGUAUGUAGGUCAUUUUCAAAGGAAUUUAUUUUUUGUACAGAUGCAUUGGUACACUUUUCUGGUAGCCUUUUUACUUCUGUUAUGAGAGACAGUAUACCUAGUGCACUAUGUACGUCCACAUAAAGAGUCCUACCUGAAACGAUCGUAUGAAAACUGGUGAUAUUUUGGUAACCUGUAAUUAUUUUUGACGGCUCUAUUACUUUUCUAAGAAAAUUACAAUAAAUAAGUAAAGACUUUACUUUUCUUUAAAAGUGGAGAAAAUGAUGUUAGGUUUGACUAAUGAUGUCUUAUUAACAAUUGACACACGCACUCAUUGUUAUGUAAUUCUUUUUCAGUUGAUAAAAAAUGAUGAAUUUUACGCUAAAAAGAGUUACAGCAUCUCAAUAUAACGAACAGCAUUCUUGUUCUAAGUCUAUACAAUGUGGACUCUAAAAUCUUAUAACCUAAGAGGCCUCAGUUUAUUUGCCCUAAUGAAUUUUUGUGUCAACGGCUGUUGAGAAAAUAAUGACAAAAUAAUGAUAGAAUAUUGAUAAAUAUUCAUAACCUAAAACCUCACUGCACUGAUAAAGUAUAAUGGUAGUAAUUCUGGGGUCUAUAGUAUCUUGAGGAAUGGUAUGAUCCUUUGAAUAUCAAAUAAGGCCACAUAUUCUCAGCUAUAUAGUCUAUAAUGGUUCUUUGAUACAGUUUCGAAAUACCCCUUCACACUAGCUGUUAAUAUUACGUAUUUGUAUACGUUUUAGAUGUGUAAUCUAGUCAUUUAUUAAAAAUUCAGUGUAAAGUAUGAUUUUAUGUAGAGUUUAUAGAAAAUAACAAUUUGUUCACACAUAAAAGAUUCACAUAUAUAUUAUUCUAGAGAUCUCUAGAGAUAAAUGCAGUAAUUCAAACCACUUACUGUUUAACCAGGGCCCAGUUCUAUCAAUAUUCCUGAACUUACCAUGGUAAGGAAAUUUCUUAACUUAAAAUUUCCUAGAGGAAAGCAUUUCAUUAUUGAAAGAAGGUUCCUUAAUAACUUUUAAAAAAUCUUAAAGCAUUACAGAAUGUAAUGAAAAGUUUCAGAACUUAGAAUUUUUUCUUAAAUCUAACAAUGCUUUCGUAUUAAAGAAGGAAUUUCCUUAAGUUAAGGAACGUUGAUGAAAAUGGAGCUAGCUCUGAUGUCUGUACUGGUACUAUAAUUAUUGCCUUCACAUCCCUACACUCGAUUAAUCUUGGUGGAAUUUUACUAAAAUCUAUAGUUUCUUUCUUUAUUGUUCAGGCAAAUGUGUCUCAGAAUUUAUAAGAUUAUAAUGCGAAGGUGUCUUGCAUACUGUUGUGUGUUGGUGAAUACCUGGCAUGUUGUUUUGUGAGGGUGUAUAUAUUGGUGGAGAGGAGAUUUUAGCUAGUAUUAAGUGUACAUGGUGAUAUAAGCUCCUGGUGUGCUGUGAUCUAUUUAACCCUUAUCAUUUUCUCUUUGUUGCUAUAGAUAAUUUGUUUUUGUUGUUGUCUGUUAUUGUAUCCAUAGUUUUAUCACAAAACCAGUGUUUGUUAUAGUGGAGAAAUUGAAAAAUAAUGUUUCAUCUAAAUCAUAUUUGAUAUUUUUAUUUCAAGUUUUUGAUGAUUCAUGCAUGAACAUGUUAAUUUCUGCCACCCUUUAUUACAAGUUAAUAAUUAGUACAAUUUCUUGGUGAUUAUAAAUUAAAUGAGGUGUAAAGUUGAUAGACAUUAUACAACAUUAUACAGAGUGUUGAUAUUCAUUAGUGGUAGUUUUUUUUAUGGCAUACAUUCAACAUAUACAUGUACUAGUAGUGAACUAAUUUCCAGUCUGUUUUGCUGAAGAGAACUAAUUUCUCCAGUCCCCUGGAGUUAAUUUAAUGUUUUAAUAAAUUACUAAUAAAUGAGGCCUAACAGGGUGAAUUAUUAUAGAUUAUGUCUAACCUUUGAAAAUGAUUUUUGUCUGUUUAUUAGAAAACUUUUUUUCUGAAAACAAUUGUUUUCUUCUGUACCCUGGGUUCAUUAUUAACACGUUCUUCUGUAGAAUUUUUUUUCUACCCCUUGGGGUUAAUUUUAUUCUGCUCUGUAUUUUAUGGACAUGGAGUUAGAGUACCUAUUCAGGUUAGAUGUGGAAUAUUCAAGUGCUACUCAGAUUUUAAGUUUUAACGAGAGGCGUUUUGUGAAGAACUGUUAACAUUAUGGACUCUGAUCCUGAUGUGUGGUAAUUUUGUAUAUAACGUUAACAUCAGUCAGAGGUACCACUAGAUAACCCGAGUGUGAUUGGAAUUAUCAAUAUAUAUAUGAUGCAGCCGAUACCAAAUUAUAAGAACUGUGUGUAAGAAUUACUUUUCCAGGGGAUAAAAAACCUUAAUACUGAAGUGAACAUGAUGAGCCAAUCUAUUCACCAAGGACUGUCAGAGUUGUAUCUAUGCAUGAGCAACUAUUACAUUAUUCAACAGUUCCCAUACACAGUGUAGAGCACCUGUUACAUAGAAGAAUCAUAAAUCAUUACAUUUGUACAUAUAUGUAUUGUAACAAACACACAACAUGUUAGAUAGAGACUCUACUUAUUUAUUUCAAUGCAAGUUUUCAAGAAUCAUAAUGUAUUCUUUGUACACAUAUUUCCAAAGACUGUAUUUUCUAUACAUGUACCAUGUAGGUCACCCAAUAACAGUACUCUACGCCCCAGAACCAGCAAGGAACAUUAACUUCUCACCCAACUAUACAAUUUGUUACUCAAAUCCAAUUAUGUUUUUGAAUUAUUGAAAGUUGUUUAGGGGAAAAAUUAAUUAAAAUGCAAUUACAUGUAUAAGAAACACAUUUGUAAGAUAAUAUUCAUGUUCAGUCAUUGCAGACAACAAUGAAUUUGUGGUAUACGCAUUGUGGUUAUGUCAUUCAGCUGUUACUGGUAUGCCUGCCUCUACAAAUUACAGCAACAUUGUUUUUUAUCGUAUGCCUUGAUUUUAUAUAGAAGUUGUCCAUGGUUAUGUCCAUAUAAGGAAUUGCCCAUGGUUUGUCAUGUCCAUAUAAGGAAUUGCCCAUGGUUUGUCAUGUCCAUAUAAGGAAUUGCCCAUGGUUUGUCAUGUCCAUAUAAGGAAUUACACAUGGCUUUCAUGUCCAUAUAUAUACACUUGUGUAAGGAAAAUCUCAUGGUUAGUCAUGUCCAUAUAAGAAAUAUUUUGUGUUCAUAUACAGAGAAUUGCCCAUGGUUUUCCAUUUCCAUAUACCGGUAAGGAAUUGCCCAUGGUUUGUUAUGUCCAUAUAAAGAAUUGCCCAUGGUUUGUUAUGUCCAAAUUAGGAAUUGCCCAUGGCUUGUCAUGUCCAUAUAAGGAAUUGCCCAUGGUUUAUCAUGUCCAUAUAAGGAAUUGCCCAUGGUUUAUCAUGUCCAUAUAAGGAAUUGCCCAUGGUUUAUCAUGUCCAUAUUAGGAAUUGCCCAUGGCUUGUCAUGUCCAUAUUAGGAAUUGCCCAUGGCUUGUCAUGUCCAUAUUAGAAAUUGCCCAUGGUUUGUCAUGUCCAUAUUAGGAAUUGCACAUGGUUUGUCAUGUCCAUAAUAAAUAUCAUAUGGAUAGUCAUGUCUAUAUAAGGAAUAGCUGAUGGCUUGUAAUGUCCAUAAGGAAUAUUCCAUGGAUUGUCAUGUCUAUAUAAGGACAAUCCUAUGCUGUUUGCCAUAAUUUUUAAUGUGCAUGUACAUAGGUAUUGCCUUUAAUUUGUUGAACUGUAAUGUGCAAUACUGAGUCCUUGUUGUAUAGCUGUGGUAACACGUCACUGAUGUUUGUAUACCUUUUAACUUAUCGUAAAUUAACACUGAGGUAAUCCAUAGUUAGAAUGUGUGGUGCACCAGUGACCUAUUGAUUGGAAUUCCAGUGGGCUAGACUAAAAAUCUGAAAUUUAUCCUGAAAUAUCAGAGAUCAAAAUUUUGAAUUAUAUCGCAUUGUAUCAAUGAAGAAAACUUUACUCAUUCAAGUGACGGGCAGUAGCCUAAAAAUUUGAUCUUUGAUGAAUUGGAUGUUUCCCAAGAGACCUACAAAGUUGGACAGUUUUGAUAUAUUAUACACGUAACAGAAUACUUAGGGGAAAUUGUUGCUUUUGCUCUGUCUCACUGGGACAUGUGUCAUUGAUACAGCUUGUUGCCAUGUGGUUAGACACCAAUAAACAUACUACACAGACAAA